AAUGAGAAAAAAUAUAUUUGUCUCACUUUAACUUAUUGCACCAGUGUAUCAGUGCAGCUAAAAAGAACAGGCCAAUAUACUGGAAAAAGAGAGAGCGAAGAUGUCGAGUGCGAAAAGUGCGAGUAACGCGACAAGCCCACUACUUGAUAAUUAUUUCGGUUAUGUAGCUAUUUACUAUAAAACUAUACUGUUUCUGUACUUUAAAUUGUUAUGGUAACGUAUAUAUAGGCUAUCACAAUGAAUGACGAUUAUAUAGUCAAGAUUGUUCUUCAUGCCGGAUCAAAAGUUAUUAAUUUUGUACCAGGAACAAAGGUUAUAUUUCAUUUUAAAACUACAAAAUGUGAUUUUGACAAAACAGUGAUUGAUGACAGUAGGGUAAUGGGAAAUCCAAUGGAACUUGUAUUAGGGAAAAAGUUCAAGUUGGAAGUAUGGGAAGUGAUUCUACAGAAAAUGGCAUUGAACGAAGUUGCCUGUUUUAAAGUGCAUAAAAGUCUAGUAACUACAUACCCUUUUGUUUCUAAGACACUAAGAGAAGCUGACAAGCCACAGAUGCAGAAGCGUAAUCAUUGCUGUGGUGUCACUCUCCAGAAUGAAGGCAUUGGUUACCCUGAUCUGGAUGAACUUAUAAAAUGUCCUCAAGAUCUGGAAUUUACAAUAGAACUUAUUAAAGUGGUACUACCAGAUGAGUAUGAAAAAGAGUCAUGGCAAAUGACGGAGAAUGAGAAGCUUGAAAGCAUUCCACACAUGAAGGAAAAGGGAAAUGUUUUGUUUAAAGAAAAAAAAUAUGACGAUGCAUCGGAAAUAUAUGCAAAGGCCAUUGGAAUAUUGGAGCAACUCAUGCUGGCUGAAAAACCAAAUGAUGAAGAAUGGUCAACCUUGAAUCAGAAGAAGAUACCAUUACUUUUGAACUAUGCACAAUGUAAACUGUUAAAUAAAGAAUAUUAUUCGGUUAUUGAACAUUGUACAACAGUUCUGAAAACAGAACCAGAUAAUGUAAAGGCGCUUUAUCGAAGAGGUAAAGCAUACAUCGGUACAUGGGAUGAAAAAAAUGCCAUCAGAGAUUUAAGGAGGGCUGCUGAAAUCGAUCCUUCUCUACAUAAUGCUGUCGAAAAGGAAUUACAGGGAUUUGCAGCAGCUGUCAAAGAGAAAGACAGCAUACAAAAAGAAAAAUUUUCAAAAAUGUUUAAAUAAGCCUGUAAAGUUAAAUUAUUUCGAUAUUAUUAAUGCGAAAUUAAAAUCCUUAAGUGCUUGCAUGGAGUCAAUGUAACCUGUACGGUAUUUUAAAUUGAAAGACUAGCUUGUUAUUGGGUUCUACUAUUAAAUAUCUAUUUUUUAUGAAGACAAUAUCAAGUCUAGUGUAUAGGUUCAUAUAUACAUAUGCGAGAAAAAAUAAUCUGUCGCACAAUCGUAUGUAUGCCUGUAAAUUUCUUAUGUAAGUACUUAAAAGAUGAUAUAAGAAUGGCGUGUAUUAAUAUGAAUCAUUGCUUAUAAAAAAAGAUACUAUUGUUAAUAAUAAGCUAAUAUUGUUACAAAUAAAGGACAAGAAAAUAUA